UUCCAUACCUUCCCCUUCUCGGACCAUAUAUUGCACUUAUGUGUUACAGCGUUAGCUUUUGAACCUCCGCGACACAACUCCCCCGCUAUCAAAUUCCUCCAACACCGCCCGAUCACCACCGACGGCGAUGACAGAUUUCUUCGCCGGCGAGAUAGCCACCGAGCUUCUCAAAAUGCUAUUUAAAAUAUCGCACAAAUCCUGCAUGUGUAAAACGAGUGCGGACUCGCUAAUAACCAGCAUAAAUGAACUUCUCCCUAUCAUUCAAGAAAUCAAAUUCUCCGGAGUCGAACUCCCCGCCAUGCGCCAAGUACAACUCGACCGCCUCUCGGAGAAUCUCCGCGAGGGCCUCGAGCUGGCCCGCAAGGUCCUCGCCUCCAAUCGGUGGAAUGUCUACAAAAACCUUCAACUUGCCAGAAAGAUGGAAAGGCUUGAAAAGAAUGUUUGGAGGUUCGUUAAUGGACCGAUGCAGGCACAUGUUUUGGCUGACGUGCAUCAUCUGAGGUUUCAGAUGGCGGAGAGUUUUGAUAGGCUGGAGAAUUCGGCGAAGCGAGUGGAGCAGAGGCUUGGGGCUAUGAAUAUUGGGGUGGGGAGUGGAGGGUGGAUGGAGGAGACAGUGAAGAGAGUCGAAGUGGAGAAGGAGAGGUGGGAGACUAGUUUAGUAAAUUUAUUGGGGGUGGGCAUGGAGGUGGGGAAGAGGAAAGUGAAGGAGAUGGUGAUUGGGAGAGAAGAUUUAGGGGCUGUUGGGAUUUGUGGGAUUGGUGGCUCUGGGAAGACCACUUUGGCUAAUGAAAUUUGCAGAGAUGAUGAAGUUAGAAGUCAUUUCCAGAAUAGGAUUUUGUCCCUGACAGUGUCACAGUCUCCAAAUCUGGAACAAUUAAGGGCAAAUAUAUGGAGAUUUGUUUCAGGAAGUGAUUUUGUGGCUGAGGGUGUCAAUGAUGUGAUCACCAAAUGGAAUCCACAAUUUAAUCUGAGAAUUGGACCUCGAAUGUUGGUUGUUUUGGAUGAUGUGUGGUCACUUUCUGUACUUGAACAGCUAAUUUUUAGAGUACCUGGAUGCAAAACACUUGUGGUUUCGCGAUUCAAAUUCCCAACAGUUCUCAGUGAUACUUAUGAAGUAGAAUUGUUGAAGGGAGAGGAGGCAAUAUCCCUCUUCUGCCUCUCUGCUUUUGGACAAAAAUCUGUUCCUCCUGCUGCUGAUGCCAAUUUGGUCAAGCAGAUCGUAAAUGAGUGCAAAGGACUUCCUUUGGCUCUCAAAGUGAUUGGAGCUUCACUAAGGGACCAACCCGAAAUGUACUGGGCGAGUGCAAAGAAAAGAUUGUCAAAGGGUGAACCUAUUUGUGAAUCCCAUGAAAGCAAAUUGCUUGAUAGGAUGGCCAUAAGCAUUCAAUUCUUGUCUAAAAAGGUUAGGGAGUGCUUCUUGGAUUUGGGGUGCUUUCCUGAAGACAAGAAGAUCCCUCUUGAUGUUCUCAUCAAUAUGUGGGUUGAGAUACAUGACCUUGAUGAGGAAGAAGCUUUUGCUAUCCUUGUUGAACUUUCAGACAAGAAUCUUCUCACUUUGGUGAAGGAUGCACGAGCUGGAGAUCUAUAUAGCAGUUACUAUGAGAUCUCUAUUACUCAACAUGAUGUGUUGCGGGAUCUUGCUAUUCAUUUGGCUAAUCAUGGAAAUGUAAAUGAACGCAAGCGAUUACUAAUGGCAAGAAGAGAAGCAGAGGUUCCAAAAGAAUGGGUGAGAAGUGCUGAUCUGCCAUUCCAUGCUCAAAUUGUUUCAAUUCAUACAGGUGAGAUGGGAGAAAUGGAAUGGUUCCAGAUGGAUUUCCCCAAAACUGAAGUCCUGAUCGUGAACUUCUCAGCUAAUGAGUACUUCUUGCCUCCCUUCAUUGAUAACAUGCCAAACCUUAGGGCACUGAUAGUGAUAAAUUACAGUACACAAAAUGCAACACUUCACAAUUUUUCAGUCUUUUCUGAUUUGGCUAACUUGAAGAGCCUUUGGCUUGAAAAAGUUUCAGUUGCUCAAUUGACAGAAUCUACCAUCCCCUUGAAAAAUUUGCAAAAAAUAUCUCUCAUCCUAUGCAAGAUCAAUAACAGCCUCGAUCAAUCUGUCAUAGACCUAGCCCAAAUCUUCCCUUCCCUCUCGCAGCUCACAAUUGAUCACUGUGAUGAUUUGAUAAAGUUACCUCUUAGCAUUUGUAGGAUGCAUUCUCUGAAGAGUCUUAGUAUAACCAAUUGCCCCAAUCUAAAAGAAAUCCCUACUAAUUUGGGUAACCUGAGAUUUCUACAAAUUCUAAGGUUGUAUGCUUGCCCGACUCUGAAGAUGCUUCCGUCAAGCAUAUGUGAGCUGGUGUCAUUGAAGUACCUAGACAUUUCUCAAUGUAUUAAUUUAAAAAGUCUUCCAGAGAAGAUGGGUAAAUUAUCAAUGUUGGAGAAGAUUGACAUGAGGGAAUGCUCAGAGAUUUGGAAACUACCAGCUUCAGUCGAGUCUUUAGAAUCUUUGCGCAGUGUAAUUUGUGAUGAAGAGGUUUCGUGGUUGUGGAAGGAAGUGAGGAAGAAUAAUCUUCAUGUCCAGGUUGCAGAGGAACAAUUCAAUCUGGACUGGCUUGAUGAAUGAUUACAUUGUAUUGUACUCUGUCGAUACUGGUAGAAAUCAAUGUAAAUAAUUAUUUUUUUUCUCA